AUGGAUCGCUACGAAAUCGUCAGACCCGUCGGUCAAGGUGCAUAUGGAAUCGUACUUCAGGCGAAAAGGAAAGAGGAUGGCAGAACUGUUGCUAUAAAGAAAAUGACCGUAACGUCAAGAAAUCAGCUUCAGAUACUGCGAGAACUAUGUGCGCUAAGAAAUCUUCAUCAUCCUAAGGUUCUGAAUCUUCUUGACGUCUUUUGUUCUCGUGACUCCUUGUCACUAGUGACGGAGUUUGUGACAUUUAAUCUAAGUGAUAUCAUUGCCGACUCUCAGCGGCCUCAGGAUGACCGCUUUCUUAGGUUCUUCUUCAGACAGAUUCUGGAAGGCAUCAAGUACAUCCAUUCCGUGGAUAUAAUGCACAGAGACAUGAAACCGGAAAACAUACUAAUCACCUCUCGAAACGCUGUGAAGAUUGCGGACUUUGGUCAAGCAUGCCUCUACUAUCGCGAUGAAAAGGACAGGGAAUACGAAGAAAAUGUAGCUACCCGACAUUAUCGCGCCCCCGAGCUUUUGUUUGGUUGUCGAACUUACACACCAUCUGUGGAUAUCUGGGCAGUUGGUUGUAUUUUGGCAGAGCUCAUCAACUCUUCGGCCAUUUUUUCGGGAAACAGUGAUCUAGAACAGAUCACUAGGAUUUUCUCCAUAAUGGGAACUCCCUCCGAACAGACGUGGCCCUCAUGGCAUACCAUGCCAGAUGCUGGAAAACUGAUAUUUGAAAACAAUGCGGACAUGGAGGGAUUAGAUAAAGCAGUUCACACGAGCAACCCAACACUGCUGGACCUUGUGAAGUGUCAAAUCAGUCUUGAAUCGAGCUGGAGAUGGGAAGCCGCUCAGCUUCUCUCUCAUCCAUUCAUGGAAGAAAGUAGUCAAGAAGAGGCAGUCCUGCAGUACCAACCACGCAAAUGUAGAAGCAACAUCAUGCCACGACGAUUACCGCGACUACGCAUCGGACCACAUUUUUGA